AUGAGUCGAUACUCGUUUAUUGAUGUUUCAAAGAUUCAGAAGGGGAGUGUGGUCACAGACGCGCAUCGGAAGGACCAGGAUUUAGAAAUCGUCGAUCGACUCCUCGAACCCCAAACGAUCGCGCAUUUCCUCGAGUUCUGUCUCUGGGGAACACUCCCGACCGGCAAACAGACUACCCUUCCGAAACUCAUCGCCGAAGAUGUCCCGUUCAUUCAUGGCCCGCCGCCAACAAGCGACCACACCGGUGGCAACCAUAAUUCAAUGUCCAUUAUUGACCGCGUCACGCAGAGAAUCGGCUCUUUCGAAGACUCGUCCCGUUUGUGUCUCGUUGGCAAGAAUAUCCACUCGCUGAAGUCGCGACUCUGGGAAGGUAUUAUCCCGAUGUCGGAGCAGCGAUGGCAAGAAAAGGGACUUCACAGGGAAGAAAACUUCGAUGUCGCGGCGCAGCACGUUUCUGCUGUCGUGGCUGUUUUCGAGUAUCUGAAUCAACAGCGCGUGGCGACAAACCUGCGCGACACGUUCAAUCUGAUCUGGGACCAUUGGGCGGAGGCCGAUGUCUUGGUGAACCGGAACAGAGCGGCAAUGGGAAAAGAAAAUGUCAGUAUCACGAAGCUUUGGACGGAAUACAUGAACGCCAAGUAUGAAGUCAUGACAGGGAGAGCGCAUCGCUGGGUCAUACUACACAUUGAAGCGCUGCGCACGCCACUGCUUCGGACGCUGCAGUUACAUCAGCCGAUGAAUGAAGAGGUUGUCGAUCGGAUCCAGUGGAAAGCCACGGAUCGAGUGCACAUGCUAAAUGAAAUAGCGGCGGUGGCUGACUAUACGAUCUGCAUGCCAAUGCAGGGGUAUAAGGGGUGGAAUGGAAAUUUGCCGACAGGUGCGCAGGGAACGUUGGGGGAACGAAGUAGGUGGUAUGGGCCGCGGCUGAAGCUCAUGUCACGAGAGUUGAUGUUUCAAAGGAUGUCGGAUGGGACCCGGGCUCCUGGGGGCAUAGCUUCGCCCGCCUCGUUACAUCAGACGACAAUGGACCAGAUCGAUUGUCAGAAUCAAUUGAGGCGGGAGAUUCGAGGCGAGGCUGUCACAAUGCCAAAAGAGCCGUGGAUCACAAGCGCGUUGCAGAAACUAGAGAAAAAGCCGGAGCCGCUGCAUGAGAGUGAUGGGCUGGUGAUUUAUCGCAUCACGUACGGACAGACAGACAAGGAAUGGAACCAGUUUCUCCAGAAGUUCCAGGCCCAUGUGGAUGAUUGGGGACGGGGACAUACGGGAAGUAGCUUCAUCAAACCGUAUUUGAAGUUGCAUUGGUUUGAUGGGAAAGAGUUAGGCAUUGCGGAGGGAGACGUGACGGCGGCGAGAAGACAUUUCAAUGAACACGCACUCUCCUCUUUCAAGGACAAAGUCAAAGUUAACGAGCAUGUGUUUCUCUCCGUGGAGGAUAUCAGCUUCGGGUCUUACACAACAAAAGACUACGCCGUGGCAACAGCCCUGCCUCUGCGCGGCGACUUUACGGGCUUUGUGUUAGCCGUCGACGCAGACUACGACCCCAAGGAACUUCGCGACCGCCCCGAGGAAUCACCAGGCUACCACGGUCAGAUGCGAAUCCUGGGCAGCUUGGUCUGGGGCGACUUAUUCUCCAUGCUCUCGUCACAAUCAGCCCUGCUAGAGGACCUCUGGCCUCUGGCCCUUGAUCAUCCCAAUCAAGUCUACGCUGGCACGACGGUCCCACUGACAAUCAGCGACUGGAGAAUACAGAACGGAAUUAGAAACCUUUUACUGCGACAGACACUUGACUACGUCAAAGCGAAGAUGAACGGGACUGCCCCGGAACUACCCUCCCAGCCACGAAGCGAGCCUCGAUCUUCCACAAGAGGAGAGGACCCACUACGUCGACAUUUGAUGACAAACUUUGUCAACUGGCUACGGGACAACAAUCAAACACGUGAGGGGAUUAUGGCCGAGGAAGUGCUGCGAGCGGGACCACAAAGGGGGGCCGAUAUGGAGCGAGUACGGCAGCGCAUGGAUGCUUUGGAAAAUGGGGACGAGGAGGAGAUCUCCGAUAUGUCUGACCUCGCAUGUACCCGCUGUCGUGAGCGCAAAAUCCGUUGUGGGCGAGAACGACCUCAUUGCCGUAGCUGCGAGCGGGAGGAAGGCGUGGUCUGCGUUUACCAAAAUCCCGUGAAACGGGUGAACCACUUGAAACUACUGUGUGACAGCGUUGAGCUGUUGCAGCAGCGAUUGACAUCGAUCGAGUCGCAUAUAAGCCGCUUCCACGCACGGGCGGAGUCCGCUGAUCUCGCCGAGUCUUCUGAUUUCCGCUCCGCCGCGGAGGCGGAAGACAGUCCCACCCCGAGGCGAGCAUUCCACGGAAGAGGUCUCCCAUGCCUUUCAACUUUGUGUAGGGACUUCCAAAUCCAGGUACUUCAUGCUGGUCAUACUGCAGCAUCAGAACCACUGCAGCAGCUGUGCGAGCGCGCCAACCAACUGGAUCCUUUUCCUCCGUACGCCGACGUGACGGUCCCGUUGCUUCCAAAGACACACGUGGCCACAGCCAUCGAGCACUUUCUGCAUCAUGUUGAUUGUCAGACAGAUGUCUUCGACCCACAGCAUCUUCGUCAGCAGCUGGAUCGAGUUUAUGAGGAGCAUGAUGACGUAUGGGCAAUCUGUUUCAAAACUAUCACGCUAAUCGUGCUGGGUCUAGAGAUAACUCAGGCCGGCGCUCUUAUUGGCGACUUUGCUCGAUCGUUGCUACCAAAUCGGGCGGCACUGGUUAGCUCACGACUCUUGACGACGUUGAGACUCGUGAAUGUACAAACGCUCAUUCUUCUCAGUGUCGCCGCGCAGCAAUUCGACCCUCCCGGGUGGGCAGAGCUAAUAUUCGGAAAUGCAUGCCUGGUCGCCAGGACGAUGGGUCUUUAUAGUUCGCCUAGUACCGCGGAUGAGAGCAUGUGCGAGAAAUCCAAGGUAGUCCAGGCGUUGUACAUCCGAGACCGACGGCUGUGUAUUACCCGUGGCACCCCAUUAUGGAUUCCUUCGAUUGAAAACGAAUUGACAUUGGGGCUGACUGAUACGGCUGAUGACUUGACUUAUCGGGAUCAACUCCGGUUGGCGAUGAUUCAGGAUGAGAUUUACGCACAAGCUCACACGACUGCAGGAGUUGAUGCCCAGAAUUUCGAUAAACAGCUGGAUCAGUACCUUAAUAAAACACGACUGUUCCACGGCCCUAUGGCAUCUGUUGUUGCUCGAUCGGCACAAGUCUUAGAAUUUCUUGCGACACGAAUCCUUGCGUUCGAGCAUGGGCCGGAUUCUUAUGCUGCGCAGGCGCGGUCGGAUGCCCGCGCUACCUGUUUGCUUGUGCUGAUGGCAGAUGGGGACACGGGACAAGAUCUGAACGAUGAAUUCCAAAAGUUGGUCCCAGGAGUGGAGGGUGAUGCCGGACUAGGCGGCUCACCAGACACAUUCUUCAACGCGCUUGAUGCUUUCUCACUGCCUGGAGUUUUCAUUUUGAUAAAUGAGCUGGUGCAGAGUCACCCCGUGCAACCGGAGUCUGCUCAAGUCACUGAUCUUGACCUUCUCCAUCGACUAUCGGCGUGCUACGCAGAACAGACCGCACGAAUGCCAUCCACGCAUUAUCAUCGCAGGGUAUCCUGGAUCCUAGAUCAGCUUCUGCUUGUAAUUGAUAUGAUCCACAAUCCGCAAGAUACCUCUCUGUGUGGCCCGGGAGAGAUUCCUCGCCUCUCUUCUGAUUGCCCUGAAGGUACAGGACACAACAUCGAAACCGACAUAGCGCCUCCUUGGCCUCCAGGAGCUUCAUCUACCACAUCUUUGACGUGGGACACGUGGCUAUCGUCGACCUCUCCGUUAGGCCCGUCGUCUCUUGGACCCCCUACCCCGAUGGACGCCACACAUGUGGCGUCGCCUGAUUUAUUGACGCAGAUGCUGGCUGUGUCACAAAGCUUAGAUGGAGCGGAGAACCUACCGUGGACGACUGUACCCGAGACAUCGGGACAAAAACGCCGAAAGACGGACGUUUGA